AUGUCCAAGACUCGCCGCCAUGCGUUGAAACCACUCACCCUCGUCACUCUUUUACGACUCGCGUCCGCCGCCAUCCCCUCGCACCUCCGCGACGACAUUUCCGCCUUUAUACCCGCCUGCGCCGAGCAGUGCCUCGUCUCCUUCCUGACCGUCAACUACGCGCGCGGCGACGACACGGACCGGAACCUGUCUCUCGACUUUGUCUGCGCGAACCGCGGCCGCUCGGGCUACACGGUUGGCGAGGGCGCGCUGCAGUGCCUCACCGGCGAGCGCAACGUUGGCUUCUGCAGCGCCGUGGAAUCUGGAGACGUCGCCUUUUCGAGAGCGUACCAGAUUUGCAGCGACAAGACGGCCGUGGCCAAGCCCAACGGAGGCACCAUCACCGCGACACUGAGGUUUGGCCCGCAGAGCGGCAUCCUGACUUUUGCGCCCAUCACCUCGUCGGCGACGCCGCUGCCGAUUCCCACGGCGACUGACACCACCAUCGCCGCUACCGACACCGACACCGACACCAGCAGCAGAAGCAGCUCAACAUUGUCCUUUACCGAAACUACAUUGACGACGGCGACGGCGACUAGCAGCUCCAGCAACACAAAAGCCAGCUCCUCCACCUCGCGGACAACCACUACGUCCACGGCCACAUCUACACCCACCCCGACGCAAGACGCGCCGCCCAGCACGCGGCCCCUCUCCAAGGGCCAAAUCGCCGGCAUUUCCAUCGGAGCCGUGUGCAUCGCCGCCGGCGUCGCCUUUGGCCUCAUCCUCCUAGUGCGAUUCCUGUUGCGUCGCCGCCGCCGCCACAGCGGAUCGACCAUUGGCAGCUUUGUCGGCGGCGGUGGUAACGGUGGCGGAGGCGGAGGCGGGAGCUACAGGCCGGCGCGCGAUACCUGGGGCUACGGAUUCGACAAGACGUCGCACUCGAGCGGCCGCAGCUCGUGGAUCGCGCGAGAGGCGCCGGGCAUGUCGCGCUACCCAGCGAUGCCGGCGCCCGGCGGCAGUGGUGCCAGUGGCCAUGCGGCUCAGCAGCAACAGCAGCAGCAGCAGCAACUGCCGUACAAUCGCGACAGCUGGCGGCCGAGCGCCAUUGGCCUCGCCAUUUCGCCGUCGAAGCUGUCCGGGGGCACGCCCGCAGCUACACCGACCAGGCUGCGACCGCUUUCCAAGUUGUUGCCUGCGAAGCCGGACAUGCCGCCCGUGGCACCCAAGAACAGCUCGCCGCCGCCUGCGAUGCGUCCGGCGCAUCAAGAAAGUCACGGAAACCAGGCACCGCAACAAUCACAGGCAUUCCUGCAUCCCAUUGCCGCUCAAUUCAUGCGCCCUGCUGCCGCACCUUCACCACCACAACAGCCACCCGCCGCCGCCGCCGCCGCCGCCGCCGCCAACAGCCAACGUCCAUACUCUCUGCGUCUCGUCAUCCCCGACGACGCCAAGCCGCCGCCUGCGCCUCCCGCACAGGACAAGAAGCUCGUUCAGAGCCGGCCGCAAGCCGGCGCCGGCCGCGACAGCACCCUGACCGAGUUUGAAGAGGACGAGCUCCGGCGCUCGACAUCGCCGAGCGCCGGCCAGAUCUGGUGUCCGCCGUCCGCCGGGCCCGACUCCGCCGCGGCAGCCGCUCCGUAUUAUGUGUCCGACGGCUGCGGCAACUGGGUCCUCGGCGACGCCAAGAGCGCGCUCGAGAGGGAGAUGCAGAGCCCGCUGAGCGCCGGCACCGUGCCGCGCGUCGCGACGGCCCGGUCGGGCAUCGUCACGACGGCCGUGCAGACGCAGAUUCCCGCGCGGAGGUCCCGCGAACCGCUGGCAGCUGCUGCCGACGAGCCGAAAAGGGAACAAGAGCUGCCGAGCAGUAUACAAAACACCCCAGAGGUGCUGGCCGCGACGCCGCUGAUCCGGAGCGACCAGACGCAGGAGAAGGGUGAAGAGCGAGAGGCAGCGACAGCAGAUCCCAAAACGCCGCGCGUGCGCUCCGUCGUGCGCACGCCCAAGACGGUGCCCUCGCCGCUCUUUUCUAGACAGCCCAAUCCGCGAUCCGUCUCUACUCCGCUCCCCAACAUCAACACCACAACGACCGCAUCUCAAGGCCGUUCAUUGACUGCCGGCGGGCGAUCGCGCGCCACAUCCGCCGACAGCGGCGUCACCACCUUUAGUAUAGGGUCUGAUGACGCUGCCGACGAUAACAACCUCAAGUCGCCCUUUGCCACUACGCCCGGGCCGGUCAACAACCUCUCGCCCGUUGCCGAGUCGCCUCGCAGCCGCGCCACCGCUUCCAACACUGGCAGCAACGACGUCCACGCGACCACCAUCGCCAACACCGCAGGUCCUUCCGAGAACACCAGCGGCGGCGUAAGUCCCGUCUCGUACCCGCGCAUCCCCGGCCGCGGCACCUCUGGACCACCGCCCCGCGGCGGCCGCGGCCACUUCCCCGGCGUGGCGCCGUCGCGCAUGUUGCUCUUCAACCAGCAGGACACGGGCCAGCCCAGCCCGACGCUCGGGCGCGAGUCGUUUCAGCGACAGCCGCCACAUCUCCCGCAUGGUGAUGCACCCGCUCCGGACGCUGCAGCUCGGUACUCUCGAGGUGGCGGCAACGGCGUGUCACGCGGUCGAGGCCGUGGCGGUUCCAUGAUGAUGAUGAUGCGUCCGCCAGCGCAUAACAGCACGAUGGGCGGCGCUCCUGCGCCACGUCCACCGUCGCAAGCGUCCUAUGCGCAGCAGCAGCGGACCGGCUCGCCGACCAUGCGCAUUGUCGAACCGUCACCUUCACCCGAGCCCCAGCAUGGCCCUCCAUAUCCCACCACCACCUCUACCGCGCCACCACCGCGCGACGACCGAUCCAUGCUCCCCUCGGCCGCUCGUCAGCCGCGCCGCCGUCCUCCAAGCCACCUCCCGCAUCCCUUCCCCAUGUAUCCCCAGCCUCGUCCCGGCCGAGCCGCCGCCGCACCACCACAAGAACCCACCAUCCCCAACAUCACCACCGACCGCGACAGCUUCAGCCGCUACCCAGGCCACCCGAUGCCCAUCCCGCAGCCCUACCAGCGCCACUCGCAGCACCAGCACGAGCUCUGGCGCCCGCCGUCGCAGUCCUACAACCCCGCGGCGCACGACAACAGCAGCCAGGAGGCCCUCGCCACCGCGUCGGCGUCCUCGCCGUCGGCGUCGUCGCUGCUGCUGGCUAAGAGGCUGGGGACGCAGCGUGCCGCCAACAUGGCGCUGCAGCCGCCGCCGAAGAGCCAGAGCAACCUCGGGAUCCGCAGUCGCUGGCAGCAGUCGCCCCAACAGCAGCAGACGCAGACGCCGCAAGGUGGUGGAGGGGGAGGAGAUGGAAGGACGCAAGGGGGCUACCGGGCCGCAGAGUAUCCCGCCACGCAAGAUUUGCCUAGUACGCCGACCUGGUUGCCGCGGUUGACGCCGACACGACGAGGAGAGGACUUGGUGCUGAACGUGGGCUGA